AUGAGCUCCCAGAUUCGUCAGAAUUAUUCCACCGAGGUGGAGGCCGCUGUCAACCGUCUGGUCAACAUACAUCUGUGGGCCUCCUACACCUCCCUCUCUCUGGGCUUCUAUUUAGACCGUGACGAUGUGGCUCUGGAGGGUGUGGGCCACUUUUUCUGCGAAUGGACCGAAGAGAAGCACGAGGGCGCCAAGCGUCUCUUGAAAAUGCAAAACCAGGGCAGCAGCCGCGCCCUCUUCCAGGACGUGCAGAAGCCAUCUCAAGAUGAGUGGGGUAAAACCCAGGACGCUGCGGAAGCCACCAUUAACACGGAGAAGAACCUGAACCAGGCCCUUUUGGAUCUGCAUGCCCUGGGUUCUGCCCGCGCAGACCCCCGCCUCUGCGACUUCCUGGAGAGCCACUUCCUGGACGAGCAGGGGAAACUCGUCAAGAAGAUGGGUGACCACCUGACCAACCUCCGCAGGCUGGUUGGUCCAGGCUGGCCUGGGCGAGUGUCUCUUUGA